GGAAAGGAAAGUUGGGUGAAGGGACAUAAGCAAGUUCGCUUGAUCGAGCAGCACGGCAGCACGGCAGCACCCGCACCUCCUCAUCUCCUCUUCCCCAAGUAAACGCAUUAUUACUCAUUACGUCAAUUUCCAAAGUUUGAUGAUCUAGUGAAGGUUCCAUUUCCUAAUAUAAAUACCAUUAGUUCAUCCGAUCGGCAUUUCCCCCUCUGCAAUUGUUUGCCACCGACCCCAAAAUCUGGCAAAUCUUGGGGGAUUAAGGCCUCGCCUGUCUCUUAAGCAAGCAGCAUCCGAGUGCGAUAACGACGACUACGAGUGCAGGCCUUGGCGCCGCAGGAUUUCUUCUUCUAUGGCCUCUUUUACCUGGGGUUCUGCUCUUAGGAUCACUCUCCUCCUCCUCCUCCUUGCUGCUGUUAUUUUCGCUUGCUUCACCCUUCCCGUCGAAAAGAUCUUGAAGGACUUCUUAUUAUGGGUUGACAAAGAUCUUGGGCCUUGGGGACCCCUUGUUCUGGCUGUAGCAUAUAUUCCUCUAACGAUCCUGGCAGUUCCAGCAUCUGUGCUUACUCUUGGUGGUGGAUAUCUCUUUGGUUUGCCUGUGGGCUUCGUUGCUGAUUCUAUUGGUGCCACCAUUGGUGCAGGGUCUGCUUUUCUUCUUGGAAGAACGAUUGGAAAAUCUUUUGUUGUUUCCAAGCUGAAGGAUUAUCCACAGUUUAGGUCAGUUGCAAUUGCAAUUCGGAAAUCUGGAUUUAAGAUAGUUCUUCUGCUUCGACUUGUUCCCAUGCUUCCUUUUAACAUGUUGAAUUACCUGCUCUCUGUGACUCCUGUUCCAUUAGGGGAAUACAUGCUGGCUUCCUGGAUAGGAAUGAUGCCAAUAACACUUGCUUUAGUAUAUGUUGGAACAACUCUGAAAGACCUUUCUGAUGUGACCCAUGGAUGGAGUGAAUUUUCAACUACACGUUGGUUGUUGAUCAUAUUGGGCCUUGUUGUAUCUUUGGUUCUGAUGCUUUGUGUUACUAAAGUUGCUAAGUCUGCUUUGGAGAAAGCUUUGGCUGAGAACGAGGAUAUAGAUAGCAUUUUGGCUUCACCUCAGUUACCCAUUGUGGCUGAUCCUGUUGUUGAUCUGAACCAGCCUCUCAUAGUCAAGAUAGAUGCAUCUGAAGAUGAGCAUGAAAAAUGAAACUCAGCAAUCGUCUUCUCAUGAAAUCAGGACCGUGCAAACCUGACCUGCCUUUUCGAGGACCCACCACCUAAUCAUCACAGCCAUCCAAACAAAAACUAACAGAUGCAAGUUGCUGUGUACCUUAUUUAUUCGGGACAUAUUGACAUCUACAGUAGAGAGUAACAAGGUUUAUUCAAAAUUUAAGGUUGCCAAAGAUUCUGGUUGAUGGAGAGGAACAAUUUUCCGCAUUUUUCUUCUCGGGGGUUGCAUUGAUGGCUGUCGCGAUCAUACACAAAUAUCAGGAUCGGCACCAGGAUCUGGAACCUGAGUGACAGGCCAGUGGAGCUGCAAGCUGAAAAAGGUCCACACAUUGAAGCCAGGCUCUUCGAAGAGACUGAAAUGAACCUAAAUGCGUGGAAGGAGUGGCAGUGCUAGUACUGGAGGUAUGAAGAGCUUGUUGUAUUACUAUGAUGAGAAGUGUCAUCCUUGUACUUGGGUACAUGACACUGGCGGUGAUUUCUCCAGGAUGGUCAAGCAGCAACACAUUAAUCUUGAAGACCUGAGGAAUUACUCUGAUAUCAGAAUUUUUAGGGAUCAUCAAAGAGGCUGCAUAUCGGUCCGCAAGAAACCUAGGCCAGAUUUUUCCUGAAUUUUCAUGCAAAGCGCUGUUUUGUAAGCUUGCUGCUUUGCUGUUAGUAGAAUUGAUGUUUCGAUUUCUUUUUUGAAUUUUCUUGUAUUUGUUGUUUUUCAAGAAUUAAGAUGGUGUUGUCACAUAUGGCAGCAUGCAACAAGAUUACAGACUAGCAUAGCUCCUCUGAGCCUUGCUUCUACAUAUGUUAUUUGAGGAUGGAAUCAAAUGGAGGAUGGAGACUUCAUCAUGCUUCAUGAAUUGCAAGCAUCGGCAUUUGGA